UAGCCAACCAAAUCCAUGCUUCCUGUGAAAGCCCAAACUACGGAGAAAUACAGUGUGCUCCUUGGGAUGUGACAAGAGGACAAGAGUGCCCAGGCUUGCAGGUGGCCUCCAUCCAGGGACAGAUCUGUCUGCUUGUGUCAAGAUGAGUGAGGACCCACGUAUGGAAGAGGAUGCUGUUGGGCGCUUGCAUUUUGAGACCCGGCCACAGCUCAGGGCACACCCCACACUAUCACUGCCCGGACACACUUCAUCCACAGAAAGUACUGUAACUUCGAGUGAGACUUUGAAUAUGGCUUCAGGUGACCUUAGCAGCAGAUCAGUCUGUGAGAAAGAGCAAGAUGCCAGGCCGGCUUCUGCAGCAAUGGAGACUCCAGGCACCAGUGCAGCUCCUGACAACACUCCCACCCACGGCUCUGCAAGUGAAGACAAAGCCGUAUUGAAUCUGGAAGCCCAAGAGGAACCAGAAGCAAUGGCGUCCCACACAAAAGCAUGUGCGGCAGGAGACACCCCUGCUUCCCCUCUUCCUGCAGCUACUGUGAAAUCGGUCAACUUUAGACAGAGUGACAACAUCUCGGCUAACGAGAAGGAGGUGGAGGUGAGAUUUCUCAGAUUAUCUUUGGGAUUUAAGUGUGACUGGUUUACCUUGGAGAAGAGAGCGAAACUUGAAGAGAGGUCCCGUGACUUGGCAGAAGAAAAUUUGAAGAAGGAAAUCUCCGACUGUUUGAAGCUAUUAGAGGCUUUAACACCUCUAUGUGAAGAUGACAACCAGGCCCAGGAAAUCAUUAAGAAGCUGGAGCAGAGCAUGUCAUUUCUUAGCCAGUGCACAUUACGCAUGGCCAGUAGGGCCGAGAUGUUGGGAGCCAUUAAUCAGGAAAGCAGGGUGAGUAAGGCGGUCGAAGUGAUGAUUCAACAUGUAGAAAACUUGAAGAGAAUGUACGCCAAAGAGCAUGCAGAAUUAGAAGAACUGAAGCAGGUUCUUCUGCAGAAUGAACGCUCUUUCAACCCUCUUGGAGAUGAAGAUGCCUGCCAAAUUAAAAAACGCUCAGCUUCUCUAAACUCCAAGCCAUCUUCUCUGCGAAGAGUGACCAUUGCCUCUUUGCCCAGAAAUAUUGGAAAUGCAGCAAUGCUGGCUGGGAUGGAAAACAAUGACCGGUUCAAUAGGAGAUCAAGCAGUUGGCGUGUUUUGGGGUCAAAGCAGAGCGAACACCGUCCCUCGUUACAUCGGUUCAUUAGCACCUACUCGUGGGCGGAUGCGGAGGAAGAAAAAGGCGAGCUGAAAACUAAAGAUGCCUCAGAACCACCUGGAGAAGAAAUCCUAGAAAGGACCAGGAAGCCAAGUCUCUCUGAAAAGAGAACUAAUCCAUCAAAAUGGGAUGUCUCUUCAGCCUACGAUGAGCUUCCUCACGGGCUUGUUUUUCCAAAAGUCUGUGGAUGCCGCUCCCGUACAGCAGGGGGACUCGUGGAUGUCUCUAGAACAUGCCUUGUGGCCUUUUACCCGACUCCAGCACAACGGGCCGCCACCAGUGUGACUGCUGCACAGCCGAACCUGUGCAGCUUGAUUUUUUUAAGUGUCAGUGUCUGAACUCUGAAUUGUUGUAGCUGGGAAGGAUAGCCCAGUACCAGAGGAGGUUCUUGCCUCAACGGUAAGGUUUUUAUGCUACAUCUGUCUGUGAUGACCUCUCUGCCUAAAAUAUGGUGGGGAGCAAGUCUGCCUCUGAUGGUUUAAUGAGCUUUUCAAGGAAGGACUCUUAAAUAUUGUUUCAUUUGUUAAAAUUUAUUGAAAUAAAGGUGAAUUAAAAUCAAA